UCCGGGCUCCAGGGAACCGCGGUGGUCUCUUCGUUGCUCUCACAUUUCCAGGUUGCAAUCUUUAGGCACAUGAGUAAUCCCAUUGGCGGAGGACUUCCAGUGGCUCAAACUACCACACUCACUCCUCUCUCCCCCUGCCUGCUCAUUGAGAUGGUGCGAUGUCCCGUUCAACUUUCCAAAGCGCGGACCUGUUGCGGUUUAUCUUUCUCUAUUGGAUGCUGGUUGCGUGUUGCUGCACGGCGCAUGCAGAUGACUGUCUGGAGGUGAAGACUGCUUACAUGAUGCGCCAAAUAGGUCCAGUGGAGUUGGUGCCUAACAAACCCAAAAUAGGUGAGCCUCUGGAGGUGUGUAGCCACGCUGGCCCCAGCUGCUGUAACAGCCCGAUGGAGGAUAGCUACAUGACCGCAGUCCGCGCCGAGACACAGCAGAGGAUCAGAUCCUACAGCUUUGAGCUGAAAUACCUGCUAGCCGGACACAGCAGGGCAUUCCAAGAGACCUUCCUGUCGCUGGCGUCCUUCACGUCUAACCUGACCAGCACACUCCUGGACAGCGCCUACUCCGCCCUGGCCUCCGACUGUCGCCCCCUGGUGGCCCGGCUGUUCCAGGACAUCGAGCUGCACCUCUCUGGGGACGCCGGCAGCUCGCUGGAGCUCGCCGUGCGCCGUUUCUACGACGACCUGUUCCCAUUGGUCUACCGUCGCCUGCUCAACCCCGGGAUUGGCCACACGACCCCCCCCUCCGCCCACUCCUCCACCAAUCAGGACGAGUGCCUGCGCAUGACCAGGCAGGACGUCAGCCCGUUCGGGCCCCACCCCCGGCUGCUGAUCGGCAGCCUAUCACGCGCCCUGGAGCCGGGCAGGGCGCUGAGCCGGCUGCUGGGAUUGGCCGGGGAGGUGGUGAAUGCCACGGACAAGGUGGCGCUGGGCAGGGAGUGUGGGCGGGGCCUGGUGCGGAUGCAGUACUGCUCUCACUGCCGGGGGCUCACCCUGAUCCGCCCCUGCAACGGCCUGUGUGUGAACAUCAUGAGGGGAUGUCUGGUGGGGGUGUCUGAACUGGGGGGCCCCUGGACCAGCUCGGUGCUGCUGCUACAACGCUUAGCCGCGAUGCUAGCCGCUAGCAGCGGCCCCAACACCAUGGAGCUGGCCCUGCUGUCGGUGCGGAGCUACGUCAACGACGCCAUACUGCACGCCCAGCUGCACGGGCCGCGCAUCACGGCCACGGUGGAGAAGGUGUGUGGUCAGCAGACAGAAACACACAAUGCUGCUUCAGCUGAACCAGAAUUCUUGACAUUUGGGGUCAAAUCGACGACCUCUUUGACCUCCUCCUGGGCCCUCUCGCCCGGCCCUGAGACCCCCCAGGAUUCCCAGCCGGCCCCCAGAAGGUCCCUGCCUCUCAAAGGAUCCAGAGGGGAUAAGCUCCGCAGCCUGAAGAAACUGUCCAGGGAGUUCGAGGGCGCCAUCCAGCGCUACCAGUGGUUCUUCUCCGAGCUGCCGGAGAUGUUGUGUGAGAGCGAGAUCGAGGUGGGCCAGCACACCUGCUGGAGCGGGCGGGACGUUGUAGAAAGUUAUACAGGUCCUGUGGUUGACGGCAGUCUCAAAGCCCAGAGAGAGAACCCGGAGAUGUCUGUACGCAAUACCGACGCUGGCCUGCGGGGGGCGAAAAAGAGGCUGGAGCAGCUGAUAAAGGACCUGCUGGGGGAGCUGGGCUGGGCCAGCAGAGGUAGAGGCCAGCAGGAGGAAGAGGAGGAAGAGGAGGAUGGGAGUGGGCAGAGAGAGGCGGGCAGCGGGGAAGAGUGUGACGACGAGGACGGCUGCGAAGGAUCUGCACACGACAAUGGUGAGAAGGAGGUAGGUGGGGCCUGGCCCUCUCUCCGCCCCCCGUCCUCCCCUCGCCGGCCCCCUCCUCCACAGGUGGCCGUUCUGGGGGACUCUUGCUCCAUCUCCACGGCUCACCUUUCACCUCUGACCCUGACCUCCCUGCUCUUCCUGUCUCUGCUCCUAUCGCUACGGCAACCGCUCUGAGUGGGACCAGGAGCAUUUAAUGAAGACUGGCAGAAAAGAAUAAAGAAAGGAGAAGCAGAAGGGACAGUGACAACGCCUCAGUAGAAGUGUGUGUGUGUGUGUGUGUGUGUGUGUGUGUGUGUGUGUGUGUGUGUGUGUGUGUGUGUGUGUGUGUGUGUGUGUGUGUGUGUGUGUGUGUGUGUGUGGACGGACAUUAGUAAGACACCCACGAUGAAGGCACGCAGGAAGAGGUUCAGCAGAGUGAAGAACAUGGACAGAAGCGGACUCCAUUUUGUGUCGCAGGCAUGUUCAGGACGUUCCUGGUAUAGCCCAUAGGGAACCCUGCUGUCAACCGAGAUUUAGUUACCUUUUAUACGCGGACGUCCCAGUCUGAUGAGAAGCUGUCUCGUCUGAGGACAAGGUGUCUCGUCUGAGGAACAGACGUCCAGUCAGAGGACAAGCUGUCCACUCCGAGGAGAAGCUGUCUCGUCUGAAGACAAGCUGGCAAUGAUUCCUUCCGGGGACAGUUGUUCUCUUUAUGUCCUAUUACCUAGCCUACUUACCCUCUUGUAUAUAUACACGUUUAUUUAACAUUGUUUAAUAGUUUGCACAGCACUACUGACUUUUUGAAGACAAAUGUAAAUACACAUAUUUAUAUGUACAACUCUAUAUUCAAGCAAUUGUUUGGUGUGGUUAUUCUCAGUCACACACAUGGAACUGUCUAGUCGCAAUUUUUUAAUCUUCAUGCCAUAAAGCAUCAUUCUAUGAAUGUGAUUAACCCUGAAAUACUGUUUUUCAGUUUCUGAACAAAUAAACAAAAAACAUUAUGAAAUUUA